AUGCCUGCACCCACUCGUCGAUCAGUGAUCAUCGAUCAUCGACUUCAAGGUGGACCGAGGAAAGUCAACUUUACAAUUGCUCCCAAGUCCGAAAUAUUGGUCAGGCUAUCUAAGAAUAGAGUUGGGUCAAGAGGUCGAGAAGAAGCAAUCAGCGACAAGCUCCUUCAUCGCCAUGUGCCUGGUGCUAUAAAGUCGAAACUCGGGAUCUAUUCACCAGGCACAGAAACGUCUCGUCUUUCCGACCUUGGGUUAAUCACCUGCCGAUCGAUCGGUAACUCCGCCCUCGAAGAUCCAGAUCGACUUCCAAAUAACCUGCGCUCGCUAGAAGAGGAUCCAGGUGCGAAGCAGGAAUAUCACGUUGUUCAUAAUAGAGACUCAUACCCAAGCAAGAUGGGUUUCUUCGAUAAUCUACGCCACUGGGAUCGAUUCAGAGUUUAUCGAUACAUUCUUCUCCUAUGUCUAAGUUUGAGUGGUGACGGAUGCUCGAAGAACCAAUGGAUCGGUCCUGUUUACUCCCUUGGUCAACUAGUGAGAGGUCUCAAAGCCGCGUUCUUUCUCGAUACCAUGGGUCGAAAACCCACUUUGGGGAUUGGGGCAUUGACGAUGCAACUUUCCACUGCGUUGUUAGUAUGGAGCGGUAGUUUCGCAAUCGUUAUUGCUGCUCGAGUCAUUGAAGGGGUAUCGAUCGGAUUUCUUCUUCUAGGCUAUCAAAUCUACGCGGUUGAAAUUGCCGCAAAGGAAGAUAGAGGUUUUGUCUCUUCUUUUCUUAUUGAUGACUGGAAAUUUCUUCGGAUUAUUAGCCCUGACUUAAAGGCCGGGAUCAUUUAUGGAAUCUCUUAUUCUACCUCGAACAUUGGAUGGAGGGCGGCUUUGGGUGUGACGUUUAUACCCGCUACGAUCCUACUUAUGGUCUUACCGUGGGUACCAGAGUCGCCUCGUUAUCUAUACGAGAAAGGUAAAGAAGAAGAAUGUCGUCGUGUUGUCGGUCGAUUACAUGGAUUUCAUAUGCAAGAUGGUAACAUGAUUUUAUCCGAAGCUGCUCAAGUCGAAUUUGAAGCUAUGAAAGCUGCUAUUUCAUGGGAUCAAGAACAUGGUCAGGAUAAAUGGUCAGCAUUGUGGAACUCGAAAGCCGCUAGGUAUAGAUCUUUUGUUGCUAUCUCUUCGCAAUCUUGGUGGGCAUGGAACGGAGGUUCAAUCUUCACAUAUUACUACACCAUCAUUUUCACCGCAGCAGGAAUAACAGAUCCUCACAUUCAAUUCGGUAUAGCAGGAGCCAAAAUGCUUCCUGACGUUUGGGGAAGACGUACGAAUUAUCUUAUUGGAACUGGUCAAGCUUGUUUAUGUUUGUUGAUACAGGGUGGUGUAGUUUUAGGGAUAUUUGAUAAAGGAAAAGUGAAUCAUUCAGCCGGAGCUGGUUUCGUUAGUGUUUAUAUUAUUCAAUGGUUCUUAUGGGUUACGUUUUUCUCACCUGUGGUAAACAUGUUACCUGCUGAAAUCUAUUCUGCAGGUCUUCGUGCUCGUGGAUAUGCUAUCGCCAACGUAGCUUCCAUGGGAGUUGGUUUCGCUACUCAAUAUUCGGCUUUACCAAUGUAUCGACACAUGCACGGUUGGGUAUGGAUCUUCUUUGCUGGUUGUAUGGCAUUUGCGUUCAGUGUGAUAUAUCUCACUUAUCCAGAGACUAAAGGAUUGACAUUGGAAGAAGUAGAAAUCAUAUUUGGUACAGGUGCAGGACAAAGGGUGAAACAAGCACUUGGGAGAUCUUCCCCUGACACUCAUACGAAUGUUCGUUAUCCUUCAAACGACGAUGGGUGGGAUAAAGGAGAGACUAAUUCCAUUGGCAAGGUUAUUGACGAGAGAAGAGAGGUUGCUUGA